GCCGAGCUUGUCGACCUACUAGAGGUCACAGUGCAGUGCAGGGACAACAAUGAUGGUAAGAGUGGGUCUAGUGUGCCCAUUCCCAUUAUUCCGCAAUCAGAUCCUGAACUAUCCAUACCUGCAGCAGCUACUCGGAAGUCUUCUAGGAGUAUCCGACCCCCAUAA